AUGGAUGGGGUGAUUACAAACGGCUCUAAUCCCUCUCCCCCAUCGCCUCCACCUCAGCCAAUGGAGCGCCCUCCAAGUCCACCUCCACCUCCUCCUGAAGACUCAGCCGCUCCGCCGCCGCCGCCAGACGUCGCAGCUCCCCCACCUCCGCCAGAGGAUGUACCUCCGCCGCCUCCGAUCGAAAACUCAAAAAAGAAGCAGGGUUGGGGUGUGAAGAAAGCUGCCAUCAAACCGUUGAGUGUGGAAGAGCUGAUUCGCAAGAAGAAAGAAGCAGAUGCAGCAACAGCAAAGCCAAAAUUCCUAUCCAAAGCUCAACGGGAGAAAAUAGCACUGGAAAAGCGAGCGCAAGAGGUUGAGGCAGAGCGACAGGCUAAGUCACGCUCCAAUGACGGAAAGCGCGACGAUCUUAAAACAACCCCGUCUACGGUGGGCCAUCGAGGAGAGUCGAAUCCCAAUGUCCCUACCGGGCCGCGCGCGAUGCGCGAUGAACGUCCAACGGGGCCUUCUUCUAUGCGCAAGGGCGAAAGACAAUCGAAUCGAAAUCAAGACAUGCCCCCACCAAAGAAAGGCGAAAAACGAUUAACCGAAGAAGAGGGACUCGAUGCACAGGCUGCUCUGACAAAAACACGAUACAUGGGUGCAGAGGUGACGUCAAAUUUCUCCGCCAAAAAGAAGCGCAAGCGCACGACAGACCGCAAGUUCAACUUUGAAUGGAACACUGAGGAGGACACAAGCGGCGACUACAACCCAUUAUAUCAAGACCGACAUGAGGCCAACUUCUUCGGCAGAGGACGUUUGGCAGGGUUCAGCGAUGAUGUCGCCGAUGAUGUGGCUCGCAAAUAUGCGGCGGCGCUGGUCACUCGCGACAAGGAGGCCGGUAGUAUACGCGCCCAGGAAAUUAUGGAAAUGGAACGCCGCCGCCGGGAGGAGAGCACGCGCAACCAGCUGGAUAAGCACUGGAGCGAGAAGCGUCUAGACCUUAUGCGCGAGCGAGACUGGCGAAUCUUCAAGGAGGACUUCAACAUUGCUACUAAAGGUGGCAGUGUGCCAAACCCUAUGCGUUCGUGGGAAGAAAGUUUACUACCAAAGCGUCUAUUGGAGCUUGUUGAUCACGUGGGCUAUAAAGACCCCACGGCUAUUCAGCGUGCAGCUAUUCCAAUUGCGAUGCAGGCCCGAGAUCUUAUUGGUGUUGCUGUUACAGGUUCCGGCAAAACGGCAGCAUUCCUCCUACCACUCUUGUGCUACAUUUCGGAGCUACCACGACUUGACGAGAAUGAAUGGCGCAAGAACGAUGGUCCUUAUGCGAUUGUUCUAGCGCCCACCCGUGAAUUGGCACAGCAAAUCGAGAUUGAAGCCAAGAAAUUUACACAGCCUCUUGGAUUCAACGUUGUCAGUAUUGUCGGAGGACAUUCGCUAGAAGAGCAAGCCUACAGCUUGCGCGAUGGUGCGGAAAUCAUCAUUGCUACCCCCGGUCGUCUAGUCGAUUGCAUCGAACGUCGCAUGCUGGUACUGAGUCAGUGCUGCUACGUGAUUAUGGAUGAAGCAGAUCGUAUGAUCGAUCUUGGUUUCGAAGAGCCCGUCAACAAAAUUCUCGACGCCCUCCCCGUCACCAACGAGAAGCCUGACUCUGAAGCAGCCGAGGACUCGCGCGCCAUGAGCCAACACCGUUACCGUCAAACUAUGAUGUACACAGCCACCAUGCCUGCAGCGGUCGAGCGCAUUGCUCGCAAAUACCUGCGCCGACCAGCCAUCAUCACGAUCGGUGGUGUCGGUGAAGCCGUCGAUACAGUCGAACAGCGGGUCGAAAUGAUCGGUGGUGAGGACAAGCGCAAGAAGCGCCUCGGCGAGAUCUUGUCCUCGGGUGACUUCCGACCUCCAAUCAUUGUUUUCGUCAACAUCAAGCGAAACUGUGAUGCCAUCGCUCGUGAAAUCAAACAGAUGGGCUUCUCCUCUGUUACUCUCCACGGUUCCAAGACACAAGACCAGCGUGAGGCCGCCUUGGCCUCCGUGCGCAGUGGUGCAACAGACGUCCUCGUGGCGACUGAUCUCGCUGGAAGAGGUAUUGAUGUUCCGGACGUGUCACUCGUCAUCAACUUUAAUAUGGCUCUCACUAUCGAGAGCUACACUCAUCGUAUCGGUCGUACUGGUCGUGCUGGCAAGAGUGGUGUUGCCAUUACCUUCCUUGGUAGUGAGGACAGCGAUGUCAUGUAUGAUCUGAAGCAAAUGUUGGUCAAGUCGCCCAUAUCAAGGGUCCCAGAAGAACUGCGCAAGCACGAAGCGGCGCAGUCAAAGCCCAAUCGUGGCGCUGGAGGGAAGAAGAUCGAAGACAGUUCUGGAUUCGGAGGUAAAGGAGGCUGGGCAUGA